CAAAAAUUUAGUUAAUUCAGUUAUAUUAAUUCUUCUUCUAUUCAUUCAUCUUCAACUUCUUCGUUUCUACCAUGGCCGCAACUCUUUCACUUUCCUUCUCCUCCAUAGACCCUCAAAACCACCGCUUCACCGCCACCACCACCACCGCCACAAAAACCACUCGCCGAUUCACUCUCUCAACCCCUCUCCACAAACCCCCAAACCCUCACUUCAAACUCUCCUCUUCUUCCCAUUCUCAAUCUCAAACCCUAACUGAUCCUUUCAUCAAACCAGGCAAAUUCCUAACAAACUCCGAAAUCACCACUCUCCAAUACCUCGAAUCAUACCUCUACUCUCACCAACUCAAAUCCGGUACCGUUUGGGUUCGAGUCAUGAGAGAUAGCGAAGUUGAUGCUAUUGUUUGCUUACUUGCGGAUUCGUUUGCUGAAUCGAUGAUGUUCCCGAAGGGUUAUAUUGAGGUUUUGAGGUUUCUUGUGAAACAGUAUUUGAUUGAAAGGAGAACUUCGAUGCCGCAUAUGGCGACGUUGAUUGCGUUUUAUAGAGGAAAUGGAAAUGGAAAUGGUGAUUGUGAUGAUGAUGAUGAUGAAGAGGAAAUGCAAUUGGCUGGGACUGUUGAGAUUUCUUUUGAUAAAAAUGGUGCUAAUGCUAAUCUUCCUUCGCCUACUCCUCCUAGAGAUUCGCCUUAUAUUUGUAACAUGGCUGUGGAUAAAUCUCUCAGAAGGAGGGGCAUUGGAUGGCAUCUUCUAAAGGCAAGUGAAGAACUGAUUUCUCAGAUGAGUUCAUCAGGAGAAGCUUACUUGCAUUGUCGAAUGAUCGAUGAAGCUCCAUUUACGAUGUAUACAAAAGCUGAUUACAAAAUUGUAACAACAGAUAGUGUUUUAGUCCUGCUGAUGUUGCAGAGACGCAAGCACUUGAUGUGCAAGAAACUUCCCCUCAAAAGUAUGCCUUCAGAAACAGACAUGUCAUGUUCUGAUGAGUAAAACACAACAUCAAUGGUAGCAAAUACGAUCACAUUGCUUUUAAGUUCGACUGGAGAAUGGAGAUGGGUUUCAGGCAUCCUUAUAUAUUUGUCUUAUCUAUAGGAAAGAGACCUGUUGUGUUACAGGCUUUUAAUGCAGACCAGAUUUUCAAAACUAAGACGACUUUUACUGAAUGAGUAGAUGUUGGAUUUGCUAGCUUAAUUUACUAAUUAUUUUAUGGUGGCCUAGCCAAUCACAACAGGUUCCCAUUAAUCAUAUAUCCAUAUACUAGGAAUCUAUGUUUUCCAUCAGCACAGUAGCCUAUCAAAGAAACAAGAUUUGGGUGGCUUAGUCUGCUCAAAAUGUCAACUUCGACUCGGAAUUCACGUUCCCCCUCUGCUUCUUUAAUUGCCGGAAGCUCCAUUUUCUUGAUUGCUACAACCUUCAAAGGGAGACAUAUUGUAUGAGUAUGUAUUCAUUUUCAAUUUUUCAUCAAAAUCACAAAUUUCAAACCAUUUUGUAAAAAGCAUGGUUUCUGUUUGGAAGCUACAAUUGUUGUUGAAAAAAUCUUGAAAAUUAUGAUGAAUUCUUGUGGAUUAUAUAAACUUUUAUCCAGAGUA